AUGCCUCGCGAUACAGUGGGGGAGCGCCUGGCCGUUUUGCGCGUGGAGAGCGCUGGGAAGGAGGAGGCGGCGCGCGAGCACCGCACCAGCGGCUUUGCGCAGCCGCAGCUCGUGCUGCGGCGCGGGGCCCCGUUCCGCCUGCGCCUCCAGCUGAGCCGUGCGGUGCAGCGACACCACGACUCCAUCGUUCUCGAGUUCAGCACCGAGACUGCAGGACCUCCCGUCUCCGUGCCCGUGGGACCGCGGCUUCGCGAGGAGACGUGGAGCGCGACCCUGAGCGAGGAGACCUCGGGAACCCGGGGGGGUCGAGGAGGCCAAGGGGUCGAGAUCGAGGUCACGGUGCAGUCUCCUCCGCACUGCCCCGUCGGCCAGUACCGGCUCGCGGUGGCGGUGAGCCCCGCAGGGGGCCGGCCGGUACGCACGGAGCCCGGGGUCUGUCCCGACGUCAUCAUCCUCUUCAACCCGUGGUGCAGAGGUGGGAGUUCGUGUGUCUUGAUCAAGAAUAGAUUAGAAUCGAUACUCACAAAUACAUAUCUGCGGGAUCCGGUGGAGGAUGGAACGCGAGACGCCGUCUUCAUGGAGCCCGAGGAACACAAAACGGAGUUUGUUCUGAACGAGACGGGGCGACUGUUCUACGGAACCGCGCAGCAGAUCGGGACCCGCGCGUGGAACUACGGGCAGUUUACGAGCGGGGUGCUGGACGCGAGCCUGCACCUGCUGAGCUCCAUGGCCUGGGAGCAGCGUGGAGACCCUGUGGCCGUAGUGCGAACGGUCUCCGCGUUGGUGAACGCGAAUGACGAGAGCGGGGUCCUGGAGGGGAACUGGUCUGAACGUAACGACUACUCAGGGGGUACUGCCCCCGCUGCCUGGACCGGUAGCCCUGACAUCCUGAGACAGUAUCACCGGUCGGGUCGACCGGUCAAGUACGGACAGUGCUGGGUGUUCGCCGCCGUCACUACCACGGUGUUGCGCGCCCUGGGAAUCCCGUGUCGCACCGUCACCAACUUCUCCUCGGCGCACGAUACGGACGGGAACCUCGUCACGGACAUCUUCCUCGACGAGAAGAUGCGGCCAGACCGGAGCCACACCAAGGACUCCAUCUGGAACUUCCACUCGUGGAGCGACGCGUGGAUGAAGCGACCCGACCUCCCGUCGGGAUACGAUGGCUGGCAGGUGGUGGACGCCACCCCGCAGGAGGCGAGCGCAGGUGUGUUCCGCUGCGGUCCGGCUCCCGUGAUGGCCGUGAAGAAAGGAGACAUCGACUUGAAAUACGACACCGCCUUUGUGUUCGCGGAGGUGAACAGUGACCGCGUGUUCUGGAGGAGGCGUGCGGGCGGAGAACGGGAGCGGAUCUCCGUGGAGACCGACAGCAUUGGCCAGAAGAUCAGCACCAAGGCUCCGGGCAGCGACGCGCGCCUCGAUAUCACAGCCGAAUACAAACCGUCUGAAGGUAACCGCGAGCUCGGGCAGCAGGAGGGCAGCAGCUAUGGGACCCGGGGUAAUAAAGGCGUGGUGACAGAGGCAAUAGUAGUGGCAAUGUCAGCUUGCUCCGAGGAGGAGCGCCGCGUGGUGACGCACGCACUCAGCCUGCUGAAGCGCGGAGGUGCGGAGCGGGGACCCCGCGAGGUGGAGACAGGAGGGUCAGGGCCCCCUCAGGGGGAUAACGCGAGCGGCGCAGGGGGUCCUAGCGGGGUCGAGCGGGGAAGAGACGCGGCGGAUAUCGGCGGGGCUCUGGAUGUACGCUCCGUUUUAAACCCCGAUGGACACCUCAUUGCAUCCCUCGGCGGGGACCCUAUUGGGGCCCCAGCGGGUGGGGACCCACCACCCCCCGAGGUGACUCUGGCGGUGCGGGUUCUGGAGGAGACCGCGCUUGGCCGGGAGUUAACGGCCGAGGUGCGGGUGGCGAGUGCGAGCGCGCGACCCCGCGUGCACGUGCGCGUGCGCGUGCGAGGCCACGGGGCCACGUACACGGGCGCCAACCUGGGCGGGUUCGAGGAGGAGGAGGCCCUCCUGGAGCUGGGACCCCACGAGGAGCGGCGCGUGCUGGUGCGCGUGCCCGCGAGCGAAUACCUCCACCUGGCCGUGGACCACUUCGCGCUCGUGCUGGUGGCGUGCGCGCGCGUGCUCGACACGGGCGCCGAAGUCGCGCGCGUGCACGUGGCCCGCGUGCGCUCCCCGCGCCUGCGCGUGCACGUGCCCGAGGGGGCCCACGUGGGUCGCGAUCUCAUCUCCGAGCUCUGCUUCACGAACCCCGUGGCGCGCGCCCUGCACCGCGUGCGCGUCCGCGUGGAGGGAGCCGGCGUGCACACGCCGGGCACCAUACUCGUCGGGUAUGGUGCCGUAGUCACAAGUUCACGAUCAUGAGAAGAUCAAAUAUAUCAAAGACGGUGUUUCGGGCA